AUGGCUACGUUCGACACCACCACACUCAAGGGCAAGAUCGCUGCUGGUCUUGAUCCGCACCGCGGUGACGAGCCCCAGAGCGUCGUGGAGCAGUUGGCCAAUUUUGCGAAAGGGAAUAUCGCCUUCAUCAUCCGCUACAAGCUCCGCCCAGACGUCGCCGCCCACGAAGUCUCUGUACUGGCUCUCACACCUCCGUCAUAUCUGAACAGCUUCAUGCCUAUCCGAACUCUUCUUGAUAUUGUGGUUCUCGUUCACUUGGGUUUCGAAACCGUCAGGAAGGUCGUUGCGGUCAGGGUGCAAGACACAGAGAAUGCUAUCACUCAGUUAACGACCGUCGUGGACGCCACGGUUCGAAAGAUAUUGUCAGCUGCUGCUAUAUGGACUCCGAGGAACAAAGGGAUUGUGGGGGAAAACUAA